GACCUCAGAAUAUCUCGCAUCGAAUCCCUCUUCAACCACCAAUUCCAGGUCAUAACCCGGCCCAUGGCCCUGCAGGCAAUUCGACACGCUUCCUACUACGGUGGUCUAAGCGGUAACAAAGGGCUAGCAAUGAUCGGCGAAUCAGCAAUGCGCCUAGCAAUCGUCGAGAUCAUGGCCCUAAAGCACGCAAACCAAACAGGGCUCGUCACGGUUAACUUGAGCCAAACGUUGAAUAACGCGCAUCUUGCUGGUAUUGGACGGAAGUUGGAGUUGGACAAGUUGAUUCAAGUUGGGCCGGGAUAUCAGGGGAAGGCGGUGGAUUCGAUGAUUAUGACGACUUUGGAGGCUAUUAUUGGGGUUAUCUAUUGGGAUCGGGGGACGGCGGGGGUGAGGGAGACGAUGGAGAGGUUGGGGAUUUGGAAGAACCCGCUGUAAGGCGGGAGGCGUCAUGGGCGAGUGCUGCACUGUGAGGUUGGGAAUCUCACGGUGGAGUUCUAUACAUGAGCAGGUAUUUCUAUGAACGAGGUCGGCACUUCGGACGAUGCACGCAGACGUGAAACCGAGGCAUGGACUAUUCACGCUGUACACACAUUGGUGUGUACUCAAUCAUGUCAUCUGGCAAUUGUAAGGAGGGGUGGUGACGCGAACACAUAUCAGUACUCUGUAUGUAUUUGCCUCGCCUCCAUCCUGUGCAGUACCAAAUGCGAUCUCUACGGCGAGCAUAACCAUAUUAUCGUUCCAUACCGUUGAAGCUUCUCUUAAUGACUCACGCAUUCCCUAC